AUGGCCGCCCGAGGUAGCAUCUUGGCUCCCCUCCUCCGACUGGCAUCGCGAGACGGCCGGUUGGCAGCCAGCGCACGCCCUUCCGUCGCAGUCUCUGUCGCUCCGGGCAGCCGCCGUCGCCUGCACGCCGUGCCCCCCCGCCGCGACAAGCCGGGCAAGUACGCGAGGACCGACUCCGACGUUGAGAUCGAGCACCCCCAGGAGGACGACCUCCCGUCCUCCCAGCCCGUUCGCGGCCUCCCCGGCCAGUACGUCAAGCCCACCCUGGCGAGCUUCUCGCUCGACGGCAACGUCGGCCUCGUCACCGGCGGUGCGCGCGGCUUGGGACUCGUCAUCGGCCAGGGCAUGGUAUACUCGGGCGCCGACCUCGCCCUCGUCGACAUGAACAAGGAAGAAGCCGAGAAACAGUGCCAGCAGCUCGUCGACGCCUUUGUCAAGGAGAACCCCGGCAGCAAGCGCAUCCCCAAGGUCACUGCUCACUACGCCGAUGUCUCGGAUCAGGCGUCGGUGGAGAGGUGCAUCGCCGAGGUCAUCGACCAACACGGCAAGAUUGACAACCUCGUCACCUCGGCCGGAUUUACCGAAAACUUCGAGGCCAUCAACUACCCCAUAGACCGGGUCCGUAAGCUCUGGGGCGUCAACGUCGACGGAACCUACCUCUUCGCCACCGCCGUCGCCCGCCACCUGAUGGAACGCAAGACCGGCGGAAGCAUCGUCAUGAUCGGCAGCAUGUCCGGGUCCAUCGUCAAUGUGCCCCAGCCUCAGGCUCCGUACAACGCUUCCAAGGCGGCCGUCCGUCACCUCGCCGCCUCGCUUGCCGUCGAGUGGGCCGACGCAGGCAUCCGCGUCAACUGCAUCUCGCCGGGGUACAUGCUGACGGCCCUCACGCGGAAAAUCCUCGACGAGAACGCCGACCUCAAGCAGAAGUGGACGUCGCUCAUACCGCAGGGUAAGAUGGGAAUGCCCGAGGACCUCAUGGGCCCCGUCACCUUUCUGCUGUCCGAUGCCAGCCGAUACGUAACGGGAGCCGACAUUCGUGUCGAUGGCGGAUAUACCGUCACCUAG